AUGGAAUUCGCGCGCGAGAAACGAGAGUGUGAAUGCCCCGCCGUUGGAGAAGGAAUGAGCGAGGAUUUUGGAGUUGGCGGGGAAUUUGGAGAGGAUAUUGAGAGCGGGGGUGAGACGAGAGAGGGAAUUAGCGGAAGAGGAGAAGAUGUGGGGAGUGGAGGUUGUGAGGAGGAGGAUGGGGGUGUGUGGAUGGAGAGUGUGGUAGAGAGUUGUGUAUUUGGAGAUGUGUUUUGGGGAGGCAUUGAGCCAGGAGCUGAGCAAGAUGAGGUCAGGAGAUUUUGA